AUGCGUGAUUCCAACUAUAAGUCUAUUAGUAACAAUAGGGCGGCGGUGACUAUCAGUUCCACCGUUUAUGAUAGAAGAGCUUUGGACGUCACAAGUGACAGACCUUUGGUCAACUCAUUGAAUCACUUGACCUACCUUGUUUCAUCCCUGGCUAAAGUAAGAGAAACCUUAUCAACCGAUGGAGGUAUAGAAAGAUUAAUUGAAAUCCUUCAUGAGUGCAACAACUGCAACUUUGGCUCAAGUGACAAUAUUUUCACCAGUGAAAAGAAGAUCUUGACCGCCUGGAAAUGGACUUUAGGAUUUCAAUGUUUGGUGUUGAUCGGUACUAGAGGUACCGAGAGCAUCAGACAAAGAGUCGUAAGGGCGGGUAUGCUACCCAUCAUAGCCACGGUUUUGGAUAAUUAUAUCACCCUCCAUGACAGAGCCUUCAUCCAGGCCAAUAAAGGUAUGACUCUUCAAUCCAGUGGAUUUCUGUCCCAAGUUUUGGGAGGUAGCACUGGCACUCAAGAAGCCUCACAAAUACAACAAAACAUACCAACCGCAACUGCUCAGCCACAAGGUGACCUUCAAGAAAUAAGGCCAGUCGGUGGCAUAACUGACAAUACGGAAGAGAUAGCUACUGAUACUGAUUUGAGUGGCAACUUGAACUUCUUGGUACAAUUUGAAACAUUUCAGAAUAACUUUAGGAUGGACGAUUCAACAUCCGCUGCAGCAGCGAUGGCCGCUUCAUCUUCAGUGCAACCACAUUCUUUUUUCAGCGGCAGACAUCCGGACAGCUUGACUAAUGAAGAUUAUGAAAGCUUGAGUAUCGAACAAUUAUUCAAAUUGGUUAGAACUGCUGAGACUUGUGAUUUAUUGGAUAGCCAAAACGUUAAUAAUAUCAGAAGAAGAUACUUGAUCUUAAUAAUCAUGAAGAAGUUGAAGGCUGAAAAGGAAGGAGAAUUACUCGAUACCAGAUUCUUGAACAACACUGACUAUGAUAUGGACAACAGUCUACAAUUUUUGUCAGAUAUGUAUCUUCAAGAUGAAAAGUCAGCAUACCUUUCUAGCUUGGCCACUUCCAAAGCUUCUCCCCGAAGUUUUACCGAAACCGGGGUAAUUAUUCCUAGAGAGGACGAUAUUGGGUGGUCGCUUCAGUUAUUGGCAUACAUUUCAAAAUAUCCUAACCUUAAAGAUAGUUUGCAACACACACAUCUUGUCAUUGACAUAAGUGUCAGAGAUAAACAGCUAAAGUUGUUCAUCGAAAAUCAGUUGAAAACAAAAAUGAAGAAGGAUUUGGCCAUCAAACAAAGGCCUACGAUUAAACCAAAGUCAAGACGGUCUAAAUCGGUGAGUUUAAGACUGGGGGGUGAAACAACUCCUAUCAUUAAUAGUGGUAUUACCCAGAGAGAUUCGGCAAAUUCUCGGUUGAGUUUUACAGCUUCUGCUUCUAAUUCUCCUCAGAUGAUAAAUAGUCUUAACUCCCUUCGGGAUGACAACUUCAUCCUUGACCAAGACAAACUAGAUUUAUGUGACGACGAUGACACAAAUGUUGAAAGUGGAUUGAGAGUUGACGAUACAAACGUUGAAGGCAUUCAAGAUGACGGAUGUGAAUCAGACCCUGAAAUUGGUUCGGUUUCUGAAUCUGGUUCUGACAAUGAGAACUUUGGUAACCUCUUAUUCCCUUCAUUUGAUCAGAACAAGUUAAGUGAGUUGUAUGAGUCCAUCUUGGAUUCAGAAUCUAUCAUGGACACUUUGGAUCGGGAGUUUGCAUUGCAUGAAUUGAACGAAAAAAUCAGCAAAUGCAUUGAACGUGCUAGUCAAAACUUGAGCACUUCUAUCACGAAAAAGAGAUUAGAACAAAAGCAAUAUUUGAAGCAAAAGUGGAACUACGACACAUAUGAGAACUUCAAUAUUGAUGAUCAAGUGAACAAUCAGAUCAAUGAGCUCCAAAACGAUCCCGACUAUGACGAUUCAUUGAUCGAGUACAAAAAAGUCAACUUAUUUCCUAUGGUGGAAAAGUUCACGUUCUUGGCUGGUACUGACAUGUAUUACUGGUCGGGUGUUGUGAUGAGAAACUCUUGUAGAAGAAAUGAACACCGCGGUGGAGUAAGGCAGUGUGGAAACUUAGAUUGCGGUAAGUGGGAGACGUAUCCCAGGGAGUUUCUGAAAUGCAGAAGAUGUAAGAGAACAAAGUAUUGUACCAGAGAAUGUCAAAAGAAAUCCUGGCAUUGUCACAGAAAUUGGUGUAUUCCAAGCACAAGCUCAACCACCAAUAACGCCAAUGAAAGCCAGGUGGCCGAAAACGACGAAAACGAAGAGCCAAGAACAGCUCAAGUGCAAAAUAUCUUAGUUAAUCCUAGCGAGGUCGCUAACGAUGCUGAAACUACUGGGGAUAACAUCAAUAACAACAACUAUGGAAACGAUAAUGAUGAUGGGCAUCAGGGUACUGUAAAUUAG